UGCUGAUUGGACACUAUUGUGGGACACUAUAUGCGUGGGGUGUAUGGUCCCUGCCCUCUGCCACAUGCAUUGCACAAUCCUUGAUUGGCACUUGCUCCCCCAGAGGAGGAGUUUUCUACUUGUCUCUUUCAGUUGGGGGUUACUGCUGGUCUCUCUCUCUCUCUGCUGCUGCUUCUCCAGGAACUGGAGGCACAAGUUCCUUCUUCACCAGCCUCAACUUCAUAUCACAAAAAGUUUGGGCUGUUUCCUGCUGCCAUGGCUCCCAAAAAGAAUAAGACAACCAAAAAGAGCAAAGGAGACAUAAAUGAAAUGACCAUCAUGGUUGAGGACAGCCCCACCAACAAGAUCAAUGGGCUCAAUACUUUGUUAGAAGGAGGCAAUGGCUUCAGCUGCAUUUCAACUGAAGUCACUGAUUCUGUGUAUGCCCCUAAUCUCCUGGAGGGUUUGAGCAGCAUGAGACAUGAGAGUUUCCUGUGCGACCUCACAGUAGCCACCAAGUCAAAGUCAUUCGACGUCCACAAAGUUGUCAUGGCCUCCUGCAGUGAGUACAUCCGCAACAUUUUGAAGAAGGAUUCAACACUUCAGAAGAUUGAGCUGAACGACCUCUCACCUGUUGGCCUCGCCACUGCCAUCACAUAUGCAUAUUCUGGAAAGCUGACACUGUCUCUGUACAGCAUAGGCAGCACCAUCGCUGCAGCCAUGCUGCUGCAGAUCGGCACGUUGGUGAAGAUGUGCAGUGAUUUCCUCAUGCAGGAGCUCAGUGUGGAGAACUGCAUGUAUGUGGCCAAUAUUGCUGAUGCUUACAAUCUCAAGGAAACCAAAGAGGCCGCUCAAAAGUUCAUGAGGGAGAACUUCAUUGAGUUCUCAGAGAUGGAGCAGUUCCUGAAGCUCACCUACGAGCAAAUCAGCGAUUUCCUCUCAGAUGAUUCUUUGCAACUGCCAUCCGAGAUCACAGCCUUCCAGAUUGCCAUGAAGUGGUUAGACUUUGACGAGAAGAGACUGAAGUAUGCAGCAGAUCUCCUAACCCAUAUCCGUUUUGGCACCAUCUCUGCUCAAGACCUGGUGAACCAUGUCCAGAAUGUGCCCAGGAUGAUGCAAGACUCCGAGUGCCACCGUCUCCUUGUUGAUGCCAUGAAUUACCAUCUGCUGCCAUACCAACAAAACAUUCUCCAGUCACGCAGAACAAAGGUGCGUGGUGGCCAGAAGGUGAUUCUCACAGUUGGUGGACGCCCUGCCUUGACAGAGAAAUCACUCAGUAAAGACGUCCUCUACCGAGAUGGAGAUAAUGUGUGGAAUAAGCUGACUGAAAUGCCAGCAAAGAGUUUUAAUCAGUGUGUGGCAGUGCUGGAUGGAUUCCUCUAUGUGGCAGGUGGUGAGGACCAGAACGAUGCAAGAAACCAGGCUAAACAUGCUGUUAGCAACUUCUGCAGGUAUGAUCCACGCUUCAAUAACUGGAUUCACUUGAACAACAUGAUCCAGAGGCGCACUCACUUCAGCUUCAACACUUACAAUGGCCUCCUGUUUGCCAUCGGAGGGCGCAACGCUGAUGGCGUUCAGGCAUCUGUAGAGUGCUACGUGCCUUCCUCCAACCAGUGGCAGAUGAAGGCUCCUAUGGAGGUUCCUCGCUGCUGCCAUGCCAGCUCUGUCAUCGACGGCAAGAUCCUUGUGUCUGGCGGUUACAUCAAUAAUGCCUACUCCAGGGCCGUGUGCUCAUACGACCCUUCCACCGACACCUGGCAGGAUAAGAGCAGCCUCAGCACACCCAGAGGCUGGCACUGUGCUGCCACUGUGGGAGACCGGGCCUACGUUAUGGGUGGUAGUCAACUGGGAGGUCGUGGAGAGAGGGUGGAUGUCCUGGCUGUUGAGUCUUACAACCCUCACAAUGGGCAGUGGAGCUACUGCACACCACUUAACACAGGAGUCAGCACAGCCGGUGUUUCCAUUUCGAACAACAAGGUCUAUCUGCUGGGAGGCUGGAAUGAGGGUGAGAAGAAGUACAAGAAGUGCAUUCAGGUUUUCAACCCCGACCUCAAUGAAUGGACUGAAGACGAUGAAUUGCCGGAAGCUACAGUAGGCAUUUCAUGCUGUGUCGUUACCAUACCCACACGGAAAACACGAGAGUCCAGAGCCAGUUCAGUUUCUUCUGCACCAGUCAGUAUAUAAGAGUUGAAUUCAUACAAUUGGUGUAUUGUUUUUUAUGUCUAAAGGUCUCCAGCUAGUCUGUAAGAUAUCACUUGGUUCUCAUGGGAACUUUGAAAGUCAGAUUGGUUAGUCAUUAUCUCUGUUAAUAUGAGCCAAAGAGAAGGAGCGAAAUAUAAAAGAAACUUGGGAACAUGUUAUUAUAAAGUUAAAAAAAAAAAAGGUAACUUAGAAAAUUAAGGGGCCGUACGGUGAGAGUAAGUGUAAACUCUAAAUGACAUUUUCAACAUUUGUGGUUUGAUCAUUUCAUUACAUGAUAUUUUACAUCAAUAUGGUGAGAAAAUAUUUACUAUAAAAAGAUCUGUGCAUACUAAGAAUACUAAGAAAAUUCCUUUAGGGGCCAAGAGUUAGGAAUGUGCACACCUGCCCACUUCACUUAAAAUGUAAAAGUUUUCUGUGAUUUAAAUGUCUUCUUUUUAACCCAGUAAUAUGAAAGUGAUACCAUUGGGUGCUGCGAAAGUCCAGAUUAUUAUGACUACAGCUACUGUGAUUCUCAGAUACUUGAAGAGAAUGAUGAGCGUCAGAAAGCUGGAGUUGUGUUGGCAACACCUCCCAGGAGUACGUUCACGUGUCUACACAAGCACAGUAUACUUUCCACACAGUAUUCAGUGUGUCGUGUGUUGUGUGGUGUGUGAACGCUGCAAACACCAAACAGUGAGAAGGAACCACAUUCUGUUGGAAUGAAGAGGAUGGUUAGAUGGAUGUGUAUUUGAUCGUAAUAAACUAUUUGUAAAAUAUAGAGAAAAAUAGAAAUAUGAACCAUCUGACGCGGUCAGCCUGGGCUUUCCUGUGAUUACAGGAAUGUUCAUGUGUUUCCAGUGUUUUGUUUGUUAUUAAGUUAAAUUUUGAAUUAAAGAUACAAAGUUAAACCUG